AUGGAAUACUUGCCUGAGAAGAAACGUACAUAAAAGGUUUAGGUUAUGAAGAAAGAAGAGAAGACCAGAAAAUUCCGUGAAUACCUUGCUAACAAUGAUGUAGUUCUGGCUAUUGUUAAGUAUAUACUGGCUUUGAGAUCAGCAGACCCUAAGCCGUCAGACCCUGUUUAGCAUCUGAGAGACUACUUCGGAGAAGUACGUGACCCAAUGUGGGACGAAGUAGACAGACUGACUGCUGAAAACGGAGAUAUAAGAGAUAAUCAACUGCCUUAGUUGACUCAAUAACUGCAGGAGCUUGAGUAAUAAUUGGACUAUACAAAACAACAAAAUAGAGCAGUUGAUUGCUACUAUGCUGUCGAUCCAGAUAGAACUAGAUUAAGUGGCUUCGCUAAGUUCGAUCUAGAUACUAAGAUAACAAGUCUGCAAUUUUUCAAGUUGGUUGAGGAACACUGCACAGUCACUAAAGAAGAAGUCAUGUAUAUAACUGACGAGGAGGGCAAUCAAGUAGAGUCCAAAUAGACAACGAAAGCCAUAGAUGAUGAGUUGUUCGAUAGAACUCUAACUAUUUUUGAAAGAGCCUUCAAAGAGGCAACCCCUCCCUUUCAAGGUGAUCUGGAAAAUGAAACUUAUAAAGCCAUUCUUGCUAGACUUAGAUCGUUUGUUCCUUAAUGA